GAAUGUUGAAAUUCUUCCUUACACCCUGAUAGGUACUAACAUAUCUAAUGUUUCCAGUUCUCCUCGUAAAAGGCCGCACCGGAAAAGACCUGCUGAUGCUAAACGGCUACACAUACUACCAGCAUAAGAUCCUCAGGGACGGCUUCCGCUGGAGCUGCACCCAGAUGGGCUCCCGGUCUUGCCGAGGGUUCCUCCACGUGACCAAUGAGAUGCUGGUCGUCAGGGCCCAUACAGAGCACACGCAUCCACCUUCGACUUACUUCUUGGAGAAAAUUAAGCAGCAGUAUGCUAGAGAAAUUGAUCUGAAGAAAAGCUCAUCCGACGAGGACGAAACUUCCCUGUCUUCGCUGAAGAUCGCAAGCAUACAGGGCCGGGUCGGGUUUUAGCCAUAGCCUUUGUUGUAAUCAUUUUUUAAGAGGACUUAACUAGCCAGAGCAUUUGAUACAAC